UGUCGACUUACAGAGCUGUAACCAAGCAACGUCAAGCACUCAGGAUGAGAUCAGUUCCGUCAUUUCAGCACCUUGGACAGAGACACAUCCAGGUGAGCUCGGUUCUGAUAGGACUAUGGACCCCAGAGGUAAGAUUUCAACCCCGAAAGGCUUCGUUUAGAGGGAUGUUCAGGAAGAUCAAUCAUGUGUUCCGUCCAAAUGGACAGAAAGGGCGAAACAACAGCGGCUCCUGCGAGGGUGGAGGAUUGGGGCCGGACUACAGCGCCUGCACAGUCAGGCUGGUCCGUAGCACAUCUCUGUUAGUGCUGGGGGAGCGAUCCCAGUCAGUUUUGAAACGGAGCAAAAGCACAGUGAGCAUCGAGUCCAACUUGUACUACCACCAGGGACAAGAAGACCGCAUUUGGCUCUACUCCCAGAACCAGAACUGCCUGGAGUACCUGGAGGCGCUGGGGGCUCUGAGGCGGCGUUACACCGAGAGUGUCUUGAAAAGUCGUGACAAGGCCAAGGCCACAUCGUCCUCCAAAAAGAAAGCUUUGCCCCCAACUCCAUACAGAGAACAGGUAUCCAGAGUGACCCCUUCGGCCCCGCCUGUGCCCAACGUGAAGGACACUUUGCAGUUUUUGGAUGAGGUGAUCGCAAGCUGUGACAGUGAAGCCCAGCGCAAACCUUACAUGGAUGACGGGCAUGCUGACGUGGACUUUAUCGUGGCAUCCAGCUCUGCAGAACACGACCUUCACUCCAAUUGGGUCAUGCGGGUUCCUCGGCGGGCGGAUGACCCCGACAGCAAGCCCCAGGAGGAGAAGGCGGUCGUGUCCUAUGCCAAAGAAAAGGUUCUCAAUAAGAAGAACCAAAGCGGGUCGACCAGCAGCAGGUUGCGUCUGCAGAGGAACCCCAUCCACUUGCCCAAAGUGGUGGAGAGCGCCCUGCAGACGCUGCGCUUUAAGCCCAAGUGUAAAAAGUCCAAAUGAUAGGCCGAAACUUGAAACUGAAAGUUGUUUGUUUAUACUUCCGUCAUGAACAAUUUCCUAAGCUUUUCUUUUAAAUAUACACCAGUCCGUCUUUCAGUGCCGACGAUUCUUUUUGCCAGGGAUGUCCAAGGUACAACCCUGAAGCCAUUUUCUGACUGCAGCUAGUUUUUUACUGACCAUCGGCAUAUUGUAAACAUAAAAUGGAUUCAUUAUUAAGGUAGUAUAUUACGAUUUGUAUUAAUUUACUUUGUCACAGAUACUCAAAGCUCAGAGGUCCAUGUUCUGUUCAAAUAGUGUGGCCUAAUAUAGUGUCCCACUUUUGAGUUGGUUUCAGCAUCUUUAAAGGAUAAACUGUAUCAAAGUACUCCUCCACUUCAUUGAAGUUUUCCAAAUUAACUAAUAAAGGGAAUACCUCCCACUAUUUAGUAAUAUACAGUAAAGCAGUGUUUUUUAACAAUAGGGCCAGGGUCCAUUGUUGGGCUGCCAAACAAUAUCUGUUUCUCAGCUAUGGUCCAUAUGGGCCGCAGUGGUACUCAGUUGUAAUACACUUUUUUUAGUAGCAC